GGACGUCCCAAGGCAGCGGAUUGUGUGACUAACGGGGGGUGACGACCUUUUUGCCUUUGGCGGCAGUUUGCGGAGCCGGAGAUGGUGAUCCUGAUGGAAUGCUCCCCGGAGACCAUGAAGAGCCGACUGCACAAGAGGGGAGAGGGCCCCGGGCGCUUUGACGACCACAAGACCAUCAUCAACAAGCGAGUGCGGAAUUACUUGGCAAAUGCCAAGUGGGUGGUGGAUUAUUAUGACAAUAAAGGUCUCUUGAAGAGGGUGAUGGGGGAAGACACAGAGGAUAGCGUCUAUAACAGUGUGGCCGCGAUGAUCAAAGUCCUGUGAGGGGAGCGGACAUUUGUGUGCGUGUGCGUGUAUAUGGUGGUGGGGGUG